GAAAGACUUGCAAUGCGUACAUGACCCAAAAUGAGAUGUCAGACCCGGAGAUCCGACCCGUUCGCCAACUACGAAAAGAAAACAAACGAGAAGAAACGAUCAGAGCCGAAUUAUAUAGGUCGUGGAUCUAAACUUGUUUGCCUGCUAUAAUUUCUGAAUUCUGAGUCGCUACCAUUGCCAAAUACCCUUCUUCAACCAGAACUGAAAAUUGUGAAGAUGGAAGGAAUGGAGCAGUGGAAAAACGAGGCGAAGCAGUGGUUGCAACAGGGGAUUGAAUAUGCCCAUCAGAUACCUCCCACUCAGCUCUAUGCUGCUGCUACUGUAUUGCUUCUAACCACGCUUUUCCUCUUAAUUGUUCGCUUGUUCAAACGCACAAAAUCUAAUACCAUUGUGCUCACUGGGCUCACUGGGAGUGGGAAAACUGUUCUUUUCUAUCAACUUCAAGAUGGUUCUUCACAUCAGGGCACUGUUACUUCAAUGGAACCAAAUGAGGAAACUUUCAUUCUACAUUCUGAAAGCUCUAAGAAAGGCAAAAUAAAGCCUGUUCACCUUGUUGAUGUUCCUGGGCAUUCUCGUCUUCGACCUAAACUAGAUGAGUUCUUGCCUCAAGCUGCUGGCAUAGUGUUUGUUGUUGAUGCUUUGGAGUUCUUGCCCAACUUGCGUGGAGUUUCAGAAUAUCUGUAUGAUAUUUUGACCAAGGCAAGUGUCGUGAAAAGGAAAGUUCCAGUUCUCAUUUGUUGUAACAAGACUGACAAAGUGACAGCACAUACCAAGGAUUUCAUCCGAAAACAAUUGGAGAAAGAAAUUGAAAAAUUACGAGUAUCAAGAAGUGGAAUAUCAGAAGCUGAUGUUGCAAAUGAGUUUACUCUUGGGAUCCCUGGGGAAUUAUUUACGUUCUCUCAUUGCAGUAACAAAGUUACCAUUGCAGAGUCUUCUGGCUUGACAGGCGAGAUAUCUCAGGUGGAACAGUUCAUUAGAGAACAUGUAAAGCCCUAGACUUAUGUUCUAUUUGACAACAUGUACUGUUGCUGUGUCUUCUUUGGAAGCUGGUUGUUGUUGCCUCCUAGUUGUUGGAAAAACUCGAGCAUGCCAUGAGGAACCACCUCAAUUUGCCAGCGGAAGCUGGAGGAAGGAAAAAGUAAAAGUGAAAAAGAGCGGAGGUUGAGGCAUGGUGGGCUGCUUGAAACAAUGAUACAAAAACAAUUAAGACAAAUGUUUCUUUUUUUUUUUUUUUUUGAUUCUAUUGAUAAUGAACUCUCUUUCUCUCUAGGUUGCCUUAUUGAUUGGUUGA